AUACUUCUAGGCAAUACAGUGUCACAUCGAUCUUUCUCUGGUAGGUUGAGGAAUACCCAUCGCAAAGAGCAAAUAAGAACACACCGAUUCCGCAGGUUUGACAAAAAGGGCUGUUUCCACAGAUUUCAACAUUCUUUGCACGGCACUUGCUUUUCGGAUUUUUCGACAUGGGUGCAGGAGGUGGUGGACUUUGAGAAACUGAAUGACUAUGCUGCAGCAUUCCAAGGGCAUGAUGUUGGCUACUGCUGCCUGGGAACGACCAAAGCCAAAGCAGGGGCUGAUGGAUUCAUCCGUGUUGACCAUGACUACGUCCUGAAGUCAGCGGAGCUCGCCAAGGCAGGGGGCUGCUCACACUUCAACCUAGAGUCUUCUAAAGGGGCUGACAAAACCAGUGGUUUUCUCUAUCUCAAAGUGAAGGGACAAGUGGAGGCAGACAUUGAGCCGUUGGGCUUCGAGAGGUACUCCAUCUAUCGCCCUGCGGUGCUGAUGGUCGACAGGCAGGAGAGCCAGCCUGCUGAAUGGUUUGCCAGGAAGGUCCUGGGCCCUUUUUCGUCCAUGUUUCCCACAGCGAUGUUCAUCCCCAUCCAAUCAGUGACCAGGGCCAUGGUGGCCAACACACUGAUCCCUGCAGGGGAGAAAGUGGAGAUCCUGGAGAAUAAAGCCAUCUAUGACUUGGGGAAGGCCCCAGAGAAAUGAGGGACAGGGAAGAGGGAAGGUGUGUCUCAAUAGCUUCAUUUCCUCAUCCCCUUUCCUCCAUAAACCACUGAUGUGGUUAUACUGCCACUGGUCUGCCUGGACAUGACAUGUGAGAGCAAUGUCAAGGGAGCCCCUAUCCAGUCCUUUCACCCAUCAGUGCUAAUGAAGGAAAGGUCUUGAGGAAAUGUGAGUAUUGGGAGCUCAGCCAGAGACUGACGGUGAAGUGUGUUGUGCUACUGCCAUUUCAUGUGAUGGUGCUUCUACUUCAUGACAAUAUAUUUUCUGCUAACAACUUCCUUUGAAAGCAUGGAGGAGGGUUGACGACAAGUAUAAAGUUGAAUUUCUAGAGCAAUGCCGAUGCUCUCAGAGCGCAUGGUUAAGCGUUCAAAGCUUCGUUGGCUUCAACUUGAGGUUCCUUUCAACCAUGAUAGUCAACACGGUAGCUAGCUCGAGCUCUGUUUCUCUGGGAAUGAGUCCAAAGGGGGAUGUUUCCUUAUGAAAAGUGCAAUUUUUAAAGCUCUUCAUGGGUAAUGCAAAUAAGAUAUGAUUGGGAAAUGGGGAUGUAAUUAUGAAUACUGAAAUAUGCCUUGUUGUCUUUGUAUCCCAAGUGCUCUUUCCGGGUGCAGACUAUUUUUGUGGUCAACAAGGACUUCGCUGAAGAGGAAACAGACUGGCACAGAGGCUAGAAUCGGUUUAAUAUAUUAGGUGGAGAGGGAAAUGUAUUGGACUGGUUCUUCUGGGUCCAAAACGGUAACUCCUCAAAACGCUUUAGUUAGUAGAAGCUCUUCCAUCCAGCCUACAGCGUUCAUGCUAUUUUAUGUAAGACCAUGUUCUUAACCAGUGAAAAACGAUGCACUUACUUGAAGCAAGAGUUUAUUUUCCACAGGACAACCAUUGGAGAGGGAUUUUAAAGGCAAUAUGUCUGACUUGUCUUUGAUCACUUUUGUUUUCUGAGCAAUGCUAAGCAUGUAAUUUAAUCAGGGGUUAUGUUGUUCACACUCAUAUUGACUUGGAUUUUUAUACAGGCGUUAUGUAAAUGCUAUGUAUUUAAGUGGUCUAUGCUUCUGUGUUACAUUAAACAAUGAUGUA